CUAGUGUCGUAUCUCUACAGUAUCAGCUAACAAAAGGUGCUGACGAGAGGGUUGCGGAGCUUCUUAAAAACAAUGCUUACAUCUAUCCUUGUCAAUACAAAGGUUUGUACUAUGCUAAUAUUGGCUGUCACUGUCGGGGUUGAUGCUGCAUUACAGGGGGAUCUUAUUCGAACCAAACCUUUUCAAGUGCCCGUGGUUUUGGACACUAUUGAAGACGCUUUCUUCAGUGACGAGCUCGCAGCGGGACUAAAGUGGCACGAUGAUUUAACAUCGACACUGGAGGAUCAUCAUGACAAGGUGGAGUUACCCGUUGCAAUGGUGGCUCUCGCUAGCGCCGCGGUGUGUUCGGUGAUUAUGCAGUAUUCCUCCGAGAAAUACGACCGCGACUUCAACUCGGAGAUGUAUGGUGGAAUCUACCGAACACUGGUCGGCAUGUUGAACGGCAUUUUUCAGGCCAGCGAGUGAAAAUGUCACAUCCUCGUGCAUGGCUUAUACAAAUCUGUCCAUGGGUCGAAGCGCAAGACCGACGAGCCUGGCGCCACCGAGAGUCUCAUGUUUCUCGAUAUCGAGGGUAUGGCGGAUGAAUGAUAAUUAUUGUGCAUUCUAUUGCAUCUCGAUUCGAUAUCUAAUAGAAUUUGCUUGAUAUAAUUGGAUUGGAUUGGGAAAGCGACCUGAAA